AGUUGAACAGGUCACUGUACCGGGAAGUGAGGAGAAGAGGGGGCAGAGCAGAGAAGAGAGCUAUUUAAGAAAGCUAGAAUUGUGCAGCUCUUUUAAACGGCGAGCAAGAUGAACGUCGCAGCUGCGUCUCUGGUGCUGCUCCUGAGUCUCGGAGCCUCAGGCUUCCCAUUAGCCCAAUGGAAUCUGGCUCCUCUGGCCGACAAGGCCAUCCAGAUGUCUCUGGGUCAGGUCAACGCUCAGUAUGGGAGACAGCAUCUCUUCAGAUUGACCAAGGGUUCCGUCAAGAGGGUGGUUCCCAUGGGGAUGAACACACAUGACCUGCUCAUGAAUUUCGCCGUGAGGGAGACAGACUGUCUGAAGACCUCUGGAUCAGAUCCUCUGAACUGCAAUUUCCGCAGAGGCUUCUUUGUGACUGGAGCCUCCUGUAACUCCCGCGUGCGUGUAUCUGGUGAGAAUGCCCAGCUCGUCACCCUCAGGUGCAGCCAGGACAGCUCCAGCUCCGAAUCCAGCAGUGAAGAGGUUGGGAGAGGGACAUGGGUUUAUAACCCGUUUGCUCCAAGAGAGCCCACAAUCGCUCCAUUUGUGGACAUUCCCACUAGUGGCCUGCAAGAGCAGCCCGGAAACCCCCUCAACAGAUACAAUGAUAUUAACCCGGGCAGGGGCCCCCCUCGAGGAGAUAACUGGAGCAACCACCUGGAGUAGGUCAGAAAAUGAACAGAGCAGAAAUCACCUGGAAUGUCCUCCAUCAUAUAGUAUAGUUCCUGUUUCCAGUAAAGGUUCACCACUCAGCUUUAGCUCAGUAUGAAUAACAUCAUUCAAGAACACAGUAUUAUACUUGAUUAAGCACUGGGAUUGUAUCAGCACAGGGGAAUGUAAACAUGUCAUUUCCUGUUUCUUUCUUUCUUAAAUAAACACCAUAAUAUUCUCUGACAAA